AUGUUACUCCUUGAUGUUGCACAAGAAGAAAAACGCAGAGACUCACAAUCAACGGUCCAGUCCUAUGCGAUUAAGAUCGAGUAUGUCAGACUUUUCACGAUAGCCAUCUUUAAAUGGAAAUCUACGGCAAUUGAGAAACACAUUCCAUCUGAAUUUGCAUCCGUAACCUUUAGUCCAGUUGCUAACACAAAACUGAUUACAAUGCAGUCGGGGCAAAAUACGAUUACAUGCCACGGCGAGGGUGCUUUGGACAAAUCCGACAAGACAAAGGCUUUUAGAAACAUUCCUACUCUUACAACAGAAGACACUGAUCCCGCCCUGGAAAGGAGAAGAGUGGGAGACAGUAUUUCCGUCGCUAACGAGACUAGUUUAAGGACACCGAGCCCUGGGGGUGCCAAUGGUGAUGACGACUCUGAAGCAGAGUCGUAUCGGGAUGGACGAAGCGAGGAAGUGGACAGGGACACUAAAGGCAGGGCGUUUGCUUGGUGUCGAGACUUUCUGUCUGGCUCAUGGAAGACCAUUCCAGAAGCGGAUUUUCAGAUCAGCAUCGUGAGUGGUGGACUGAGUAAUCUUUUGUACAUGUGCAGUUUACCUGACAAUGUAAAUCCCAUGGGCGACGAGCCGCCCAGGGUACUGCUCCGAAUCUAUGGAGCCAUUCUUCAGGGGGUGGAUUCUUUGGUCCUAGAGAGUGUGAUGUUUGCCAUCCUUGCAGAGCGAACACUGGGGCCACAGCUGUAUGGCAUCUUCCCAGAGGGACGCCUCGAACAGUACCUACCAAAUACCCGUAUGAAGACAGAACAGCUAUCAGAUCCAGAAAUCUCAGCUAAGAUUGCCUCCAAACUGGCAUGCUUCCACAAAAUGGCAAUGCCAUUCAACAAGGAGCCCAAGUGGUUGUUUGGGACCAUUGACAAGUACAUGAAUCAAGUGAUGAAUCUGAAAUUUGUCAGAGAAGCUCAUGUGAAGAAAUACAACAAGCUAAUGAAAGUAAAUCUUCCUGCUGAGCUGGAGAAACUUCGAACGCUGCUAACGGCGACCCCAUCUCCCGUGGUGUUCUGCCAUAAUGACGUUCAGGAAGGUAACAUCCUGAUUCUGGAGGGCAAAGACAAGUCCUCAACAAUGAAACUCAUGCUCAUCGACUUUGAAUACAGCAGUUACAAUUACAGGGGCUUUGACUUUGGUAACCAUUUCUGUGAAUGGAUGUAUGACUAUACAUACAACCAGUGGCCCUUCUACAAGGCUACAGCAGAGAACUAUCCCAGCAGGGAGCAACAGCUCCUUUUCAUCCACAACUAUCUGUUGGAGAUAGGGGGCAGCUCUGAGAGACCCUUGCAUGAGGACGAGUGCUACAUAGAGGCCAUGCUUCUAGAAGCCAACAGGUUUGCACUGGCCUCCCACUUUCUCUGGGGCCUGUGGUCCAUCAUCCAAGCAAGGAUAUCAAAGAUUGAGUUUGGCUAUAUGGACUAUGCCCAGUCACGGUUUGAUGCCUACUUCAAGCAAAAAAAGCUUGUCUCCUAACUUGGACAUUUCCUACAAAGUACAAUGAUGAUUUCAUUGAUCAGAUCAUCCGUCCGAUAUUUAAUUUUUCAUCCCUUACACUUUUUUCAUAGUAAUAGGGCAGGGUCCAAAGAUUUCCGAUGCUGCAGGUGUGUUUACAUCCGAGACCAAUACAAGGGGAGUGGGGGUGUCAUCCACCCUUUAGUUUAUAGCUGGCUAUUUAUUUGCCUCAGUUGCACAUACUAUGCUUUGCAUUAAUAAGUGCUAUACUGUGUCAGCCCUGUUUUAUUCUAACUCUAGUCUAAAUCAAUGCACUUAUCCUCCUCCUCAUAAUGUGAAUGCUGUUAAAACGGUCUUGUUUAAUUGAAGAAUAUCCAGUUGCUCCAGACAGUUGUGCUCUUCACCUGUCAUCUUGCACUUACAUGUGAUUUGUCAAAAUAUUCUGUUCAAAGACUCUUUGCAUUUUGUGUUGUCACCGUAGUCAGGUUUACUGUGCAUGUUGUAGAAUGUUGGCUUUGCAGCAUGACACCGAACUGUGAAUGUACAUUUCUCAACUCAACAGUUAUCAUUACUUUUCUUUGUCUUUUUGGGGAAGAUAAGUGUGUAAUUUAAAAAAGGUAACUAGUUGGCCAUGAUGUAAUUGCUUUAGCAGUCUUUGUGAAUCAUGAGUCAUUCUACCUCAUUGAAUGCAGUGAGUUUCUUUGUAAUUGAUAAUCAACAUGUCAAAUUGUGACAUGCAUUAAUGUAAAUUAUGACCAUACAGUAAAGUUGUACUGUACAAGAUUUAAAACCAGAUCAAGAUGCUUCAAAAGUGCAAUCGGUUUUGUUUUUUAAAGCUAAUCAAAAUUCCAACUCUACUUCUGCAUUUCCUUUUAGUAUAACCUACAAACAGUUUGUGUAAGAGGUGUUUUCAUUUCAGUCCACAUUUGUGACCGUCAUGUUUGUUUAAAAUCAGGAUUAACAGCAUGCUUCUGUGAUACUAUAAAAAAAAUGAUGACAAAUGGGAUCAGGUUGAAAAGCAAGGCCGGGGUUUCAGUGCUUUGAAUGAUUAUACAUAUGUUUCAUUUCUUAAUAAUUUUUGCUAAUGCUGCCUUAUUGAGAAUCCAUUUAAAGAACUGCUAAUGUAAAUAUGAAUUUCUCCUUUGGCACUGCUUUGAGUGUUGCCAUUGAACUGCUAAUAAAUAUACUUGAUACCC